CGCAUACAAUGUCAUCCUCUCAACAACAACAGCAACAGCAACAGCAACAGCAACAAAAAUUAACUGAGGAGCAAACAAAGAAAAAUUUAGCUCAACUAGGAGCUCUUGAAGAAGAUGAUGAAUUCGAGGAAUUUGCUGCUGAAGACUGGGGAGAAAAUGAAGAAGAUCAGAAUGAUGCCCAUUUUUGGGAAGAUAAUUGGGAUGAUGAUGAUAUUGAGGAUGAUUUUUCAAAGCAAUUACGUGCUGAACUUGAGAAAGAGGCAAACCAACCCCAACCUAUGAAGAUGUAAAUGUAAUAACUAUUAACAGCAAAAGCUAUCCAUUACAGAUUUCCUUUUCUAUACAUAGACUUGUAAAACAUAGAAAUAACAGUUAAUCUGCUGCGUUAUAUAUUUCCUUUUUUAUUUUCUCCCUGUCCUCGUCUUUAAAUAGAUAUAUAAAGUCAACUUUAUUGUAUAGGUUUUCAUUUAUUUAUUUACUUUAUACAAAUGAUUUGUUCGGUAAAACAAAUAUCUUUUUAACGAAAAAAAAAAAGAAAAAAAAAAA